AUGACUGAACAGAACCACGCCACUGACUUGAACGCCGUGCAGCAGCGUCUGCUCCGAACGACUCAGGAGCUUGAAUCAGAGCACUAUUGCACUGACCUUACGCAGUGGAGCUUCAAGGAGUUGAAAGAGGCCAAAAAUCGUCUGCGCGAUCAUAAGGCCGACCUAGACAAGCUGCAAUGGGCUCGACGAGAGGCAGGCAUGUUGAACCCGGGAGAUAAUUCGAUUAUUGACUCAGAGAAAUUGAAAGUGGCUCUGAUGAAAGGGACACUGACUACAUUGCAGCUUACCGCCAUGAGAACUUCGGAUUCAGACGACGACGACGACAACAACAACGACAGUGAUGAUGGCGAGGAAGAGCCCGAGAGGGGGAGGUCGAGACACAGGAGGGUUGAGGUAGACCUUGACGGGUAG